AUGACGUCCCCGAGGCCCCGUAAUGAACAAUUAUCUGCCGACCCAUUUGCAGAUCGACCACGCCAGACCCACUUCCAGGAGCCUGCGCCUCGUGUUUAUGAUAGCGCGUCUGGCUCGCCCUUCGAGAGUACCACGACGUUACCCCGCGAGUUUGGCGCCAAUUAUGUAGACGAAGACUAUGCUGAAAAGCUUCCGCUCACGGGAGGCGAUAGCUAUAAUCCUGGCGGCUUUUAUCCACCAGGACCAGUCGACCCUUCAGCCUAUGGGGACCCUUAUGCGCGCCCUUUGUCUACUACGUCAUCCUCGACAAAUGGUACCAUUAAACGUGGUGUGACCCGCAAAGUCAAGCUCACAAAGGGUAACUUCAUUGCGGAAUACCCGGUUCCAACGCCAGUGCAUAGUGCUAUUGAGGCGAAAUAUGCCGCCACGAAUACCACUGAAUUCUCCCACAUGCGGUACAGCGCAGCAACGUGUGACCCUGACGAUUUCUCAGAGGCCAAUGGCUGGUCUUUGAGAACCAAGAUCUAUGGUCGGCAAACCGACCUUCUCAUCGCUGUUACAUCCUAUAACGAAGACAAAACAUUGUAUGCGAGAACACUCCAUGGUGUCAUGGUGAACAUUCGCGACAUUUGCAAGACAAAACAGUCGAAGUACUGGCGGCGAGCGGCUGAAGAAGGCAUGCCUGGUUGGCAAAGAAUCACAGUUGCCCUUAUUGUCGAUGGACUCGAGCCCAUGGACAAGAGCGUGUUGGAUAUCCUGGCCACCGUCGGUGUCUACCAAGAUGGUAUCAUGAAGAAACAAGUCGACGGUAAAGACACUGUUGCACAUAUAUUUGAGUAUACCACUCAGUUGUCGGUUGAUGCCAAGCCCCAGCUUGUGCUUCCUCAUGAGAAUGAUCCCAACAAUUUAGUACCCGUACAGAUCAUUUUCGUCCUCAAAGCUAAGAAUCAGAAGAAGAUCAAUUCACAUCGGUGGUUGUUCAAUGCCAUCGGUAAAAUUUUGGAGCCUCAAGUUUGCGUGCUCAUCGACGCUGGUACCAAACCUGGACACAAAUCCAUCUAUUAUCUUUGGGAAGCAUUCUACAACGACGCCCAUCUUGGGUGGCAGAAGCUCCUCAAUCCUCUGGUCGCUGCCCAAAACUUCGAGUACAAAAUGUCCAACAUUCUUGACAAGCCACUUGAAAGUAGUUUCGGCUAUGUAUCAGUGCUUCCUGGUGCUUUCUCUGCGUACCGUUUCCGUGCGAUCUUGGGUCGGCCACUAGAGCAAUAUUUCCACGGUGACCAUUCGUUGGCUGAUCGUCUUGGUCCCAAGGGUAUCUACGGCAUGAACAUCUUUACAAAGAAUAUGUUUUUGGCUGAGGAUCGUAUCUUGUGUUUCGAGCUCGUUGCCAAGGCUGCCGAGACAGAUGUGCCAGAAUCUGCCGUCGAGUUGAUUGGCCAACGUCGUCGAUGGUUGAAUGGUUCAUUCGCCGCUUCAGUUUACGCUCUGGUCAAUUUCUUCCAACUAUACCGCUCUGGUCAUGGUAUCAUUCGCAUGUUCUUCUUCCACGUUCAAGCUUUUUACAACAUCUUCUCAUUGGUGUUUUCGUGGUUUGCGUUGGCGAACAUUUGGUUAACGUUUAGUAUCAUCAUUGACUUGCUUCCCUCGCAAGGCAUCAUUAUUUUCGGCACUGCAGACGUCACACACUGGGUAAACUUGUGUUUCAAAUGGAUUUACCUUGCCUUCCUCGCGCUGCAGUUUGUGCUAGCUCUUGGUAACAGACCAAAGGGUGAACGGACGGCAUAUGCAAUCACACUAUGGGUCUACGCCUUCUUGGCUGUUUACCUUCUCGUGUGUUCAUUCUGGCUAACCGGCAAGGCAUUCACUACCAUUCCCAGCCAACUGAAGAACAAGACGGUGGCUGAAGUCAUUCUUACCUUCUUCACGCCCCCUGUUGGUCCUUUGAUUGUCGCGAUGGUCUCCACUUUCGGCAUCUACCUCGUUGCAUCGUUACUCUAUCGGGAUCCUUGGCACAUCUUCUCCAGUUUCUUCCAAUACCUAUGCUUGGCUCCAAGUUUCACGAAUGUACUUAACGUUUAUGCAUUCUGUAACUUGCACGAUGUCUCCUGGGGUACAAAGGGCAGUGACAAGGCAGAAGCUCUACCGUCAGUCUCGUCGUCUAAGACCAAAGACGCGGACGCUCCUGUUGUCGAGGAUACGCAACGCAUCCAAGAAGAUGUGGAUGCUGCAUUCAAAGAGACCGUUACUCGCGCAGUGACCAAGAUCGAUGUCAAGGAAGCCGUUGAGAAGCCGACGAUGGAUGAUCAAAACAAGACGUUCCGUACGCGUCUUGUUGCCUUCUGGAUGCUCACGAACGCUGGACUGGCGGUUGCCAUUGAGAACAUCAACGGUCUCGCGACUGCUCAAGAUGCAGUACAGGACGCGGCGGAGCUUCAGACAAAGCAAAACACUUAUUUUGCUGUCAUCCUGUACUCCACAUUUGUUCUUGCUGCUGUGCGGUUUACUGGGUGCUUGCUCUACUGGUUCAAACGCAAUCUUUUCAGAUGCUGCAGGAGGAAUUGA